AUGCAUACGGACCCCGGAUCUAGGAUCCAUCUUGUAUCUGCCCUGAAAAGCAAAUUGGCUGUAGAGAGUGUAGAAAAGUGUAUAAAGCAUUCCCCAAAUGUUCUUGAGGUUCACCUAAUAAAGGGUAGGAUACUGAAGCACCAAGGAGACCUGAUUGGUGCUUUAGAACAGGUUGAGAAAGCAUUCUCCCUUGAUCCAGGGGACAAGUAUCUAGGAAGUAAGGUUGCCAAAUAUCAGCUGAGAGCAGGAUUAAUCCAGCCCGCAAUAAACACUAUGGGGAGGUUUACCAAGAGUGGAGAGGGAGUCCUUAGCUAUCUGGAGUCUACACAAUGCUUGUGGUUCUUUCUCCACCUCGCUAGAGCUUACCAUAGAGAAAACAGAUUUGAUGACUGUUUAUCAGCCUGUUUUACAAUAUCUAAUAUAUUUAAGACAAUGGAAUCAGCUGAAUAUGAUUUUCACCAGUACAGUCUGCUAAAGCUUAGGUUGUCAACAUAUGUGGAUCAACUUAGAAAAUCUGAUUCUAUUAGGCAAAAUUACUUCUUUAUUGAAGCAGCCACACUUGCUGUUCAAGUAUACAUCAAGCUAUACGAUCAGUCAGUGGAAAACAGGAAAAAUAACAAUCUACCAAACAUCCUUAAAGAGCAAAAGAAGAACAGAAAAGAGCUGCAGAACAAUAAGUUGAAUUCUAAUCCAACUGUGUCUUUGGAUCUUGAAAACUGUUCUGAACCACUAUUAGGAAAUUGCAAAUUUUUUCUCAACCAUCUUAUGCUUGCAGCCCAAGAUAAGUUAGUUACUAAUGAGUUGGCUGCAAGCGUAUAUCUAAGAACUAGGAAACCACUCUUAGUUCUUCAAGCAAUACAUAGAAUGCAAAAAUGCCCGAACAGUCAAGAUUCAAUUAUAAAGUUUUCCGCUCAACUCUCCAGAAGUAUUCAGAACUCUGUGAUGGAUGCCCGCAUUAAGUCAAUUUUGACCAAAUCCUUAGAAAAACUGUCACCCACAUUGUAAAUUUAUCAAAUUAAAAAAAUAAAUUUCAAGUUUUCAAA